UAACCUCGUCCUUACUGCUCUCGUAAUGGCUUCUCCUAUCCCCCACUUUCAUCUUCUCUAUCUCACUCUCUUGGCUAUAGUUCAUCUUUUCUUUCUCGUCGACGCCAAGUUAGUUCUCCACAAUUCGGAGUACCAUGCUCUCUCCACAAUCUGGAGCGACUUUGGUUUUCCAACUCAACUCGGUAUUUCAGCUUCAGCAGGAAAUCCCUGUUAUGAUACCAUAGGUAUCUACUGCCAGGGGAUAAACUCCACUGAUUCGCCGCCGGUUCUUCGAGUUACUCGAAUCGUCCUUGACUCUCGAGGCCUCAAUGGAUUUCUCCCUCCGGCUAUCGGACAGUUGUCGGAGCUGAAAGAACUCUCCCUGGCCAACAACCAUCUCGUUGACUAUAUUCCUCCCCACAUCGUUGACUGCCGUAAGCUAGAGGUAUUAAACCUCCAGAAUAACCGGCUCUCCGGUGAAAUCCCACCGGAGGUCUCAUCUCUGGUACAUCUCCGAUCCCUCGAUCUCUCUUCGAAUAAGUUCUCAGGUGAUCUGAAAUUCUUGAAGUAUUUUCCCAACCUUGAGAAUCUCUCCCUCGCGAGCAAUCUAUUUAGCGGAAGAGUACCAAAAUCACUUCGUUCCUUUCGAAAUCUCCGAUACCUGAACCUCUCUGGGAAUAAUUACCUCCAAGGCUCCCAAGUUCCUGCAAUUAACCAAGUUGAUUAUUCAAUUUCCCGGUUAAAGACCAAGACGAAGACGAGAAGUAAUCUUCCCAACCGCUAUGUAUUCACCGAGAGUUCCACAAACAGUAAUUACAGCAGCUCUGCCGUCGCACCAUUACCAUCGACCUGGAAAUCCAAUCACUCAAAUUCCAAUGCUCAGGCUCCAUCUCCCUCAAAAUCAUCUAACCCUCACAAACACCACAAGAGCAAAAAGAAGAUCAAAGGUUGGUUGUUCGGGUUCUUAGCCGGCGUUGCGACGGGGUUGAUUUCCGGAUUGAUGAUGUCCAUCUUUUUUAGGAUGCUAUUGAUUUGCAUCAGAGGCAGAAGUAAAGACUCUGGCCCUGUAAUCUUUAGCCCCUUGAUCAAAGACGCCGAGGCCAUAGCCUUCCUCGAGAAAGAAGACGCGCUUUCCUCCUUGGAGAUCAUCGGAAAAGGUGGUUGCGGAGAAGUCUACAAGACGGAGCUUCCGGGAAGCAACGGCAAGAUCAUCGCCAUCAAGAGGAUAAUUCAACCUCAGACCACGGAAGCAACAGAUCUUGAGGAAGAAGACAGCAAGGCUAUGAAUAAGAAGCUAAGGCAGAUCCGGUCGGAAAUCUUAACCGUCGGGCAAAUCCGACACCGUAAUUUGUUGUCUCUGCUGGCCCAUAUACCUCGACCAGACUGUCAUCUGCUAGUGUACGAGUACAUGAAGAAUGGGAGCCUACAUGACACGCUGAUCCAGGUAUCAGAUGGGAUCAGCGAAUUAGAAUGGAACGUAAGGCAUAGGAUCGCUCUUGGAAUCGCGGCGGGUUUGGAAUAUCUACACAUGAACCAUAGCCCACGAAUCAUCCAUAGGGACUUGAAACCUGCAAACAUACUCCUAGACGACGACAUGGAGGCCCGGAUCGCAGAUUUCGGGUUGGCCAAGGCCGUCCCGGAGGCCAACACUCACGUGACAACGUCCAACGUAGCAGGGACCGUGGGGUAUAUAGCACCGGAGUACCACCAAACUUUCAAGUUCACAGACAAGUGUGACAUUUAUAGUUUCGGGGUGAUACUGGCGGUGCUGGUGGUGGGGAAAUUACCGUCCGAUGAAUUCUUCCAACAAACAGACGAGAUGAGCCUAGUGAAGUGGUUGAGGAACGUGAUGACAUCGGAGAACCCAAAGAGGGCAAUUGAUGAGAAGCUGAUGGGGAAUGGGUACGAGGAGCAAAUGUUACUUGUUCUUAAGAUUGCUUGCUUUUGCACUGUAGAUAAUCCAAAGGAGAGGCCCAACAGCAAGGAUAUCCGCUGCAUGCUCUCUCAGGUUAAGUCCUAAUUAAAGUUGUUAUGCCUAAGCACACUGCCACGUUUCCUUUUUUUUUUUUUAUUUUAACGUAUUUAUUUCCCUUUCUUAGAAAUAAAAGUUAUUUAUAAGGGUUUGCAUGAUCAAAGUAUA